GCCGCGCGCAGGCGCUCAGCACGGUAAAAGCCGCGGCCCUUCCUUUUCCCCGCCUCCCGCGCCAAGAUGGCGGAGUACGACCUGACCACCCGCAUCGCGCACUUCUUGGACCGGCACCUCGUCUUCCCGCUGCUCGAGUUCCUCUCCGUCAAGGAGAUAUACAAUGAAAAAGAACUGCUUCAAGGAAAGCUGGAUCUCCUUAGUGAUACCAACAUGGUGGAUUUUGCUAUGGAUGUGUACAAAAACCUUUAUUCCGAUGAAAUUCCACAUGCUCUGCGUGAGAAGAGAACAACUGUUGUUGCACAGCUGAAACAACUUCAAGCUGAAACUGAACCUAUUGUCAAGAUGUUUGAGGAUCCAGAGACUACGAGGCAAAUGCAGUCCACUAGGGACGGUCGAAUGCUGUUUGACUACUUAGCUGAGAAGCAUGGUUUUAGGCAGGAGUACCUAGAUACACUCUACAGGUAUGCAAAAUUCCAGUACGAAUGUGGCAAUUACUCUGGAGCUGCAGAAUAUCUAUACUUCUUUAGGGUUCUGGUUCCAGCUACAGACAGAAAUGCUCUGAGUUCUCUGUGGGGGAAACUUGCAUCUGAAAUUCUGAUGCAGAAUUGGGAUGCAGCCAUGGAAGAUCUCACAAGACUGAAGGAGACAAUAGAUAAUAAUUCAGUAAGCUCUCCACUGCAGUCCCUUCAGCAAAGAACAUGGCUCAUCCACUGGUCUCUGUUUGUGUUUUUUAAUCAUCCUAAAGGGAGGGACAAUAUCAUCGAUCUCUUUCUCUAUCAACCACAGUAUCUCAAUGCAAUUCAGACAAUGUGCCCACAUAUCCUCCGAUACCUCACUACUGCAGUCAUAACAAAUAAGGAUGUUCGAAAACGUAGACAAGUGCUGAAAGAUCUAGUCAAGGUUAUUCAACAGGAGUCCUACACGUACAGGGACCCCAUCACAGAAUUUGUGGAAUGCCUGUAUGUUAAUUUUGAUUUUGAUGGUGCACAGAAGAAGCUGAGAGAGUGUGAAACAGUGCUUGUGAAUGAUUUCUUCUUAGUGGCAUGUCUUGAAGACUUCAUUGAGAAUGCCCGUCUCUUUAUAUUUGAGACUUUCUGUCGCAUCCAUCAGUGUAUCAGCAUUGGUAUGUUGGCAGAUAAACUAAACAUGACUCCUGAGGAAGCAGAAAGAUGGAUUGUUAAUCUAAUACGAAAUGCAAGAUUAGAUGCCAAAUUGGAUUCAAAGCUGGGCCAUGUAGUUAUGGGCAACAACGCAGUGUCACCUUAUCAACAAGUGAUUGAAAAAACCAAAAGCCUGUCUUUUCGUAGUCAAAUGCUGGCUAUGAACAUUGAGAAGAAAUUGAAUCAGAGUGGUAGAUCUGAGGCACCUAACUGGGCUACUCAAGACUCUGGCUUCUACUGAGAGAAUUCUGCGGAGGGGAAGAAAUCAGUUUUCAUUUGACUAAAAAGCAUAUGAUAAAUAUGAAAUAUGUAACCUUUUUGAGAAAAGCUAAUUGUGUAUUCUCUUAAAAAUUAUUUGAAUAAAAUUGGCUGCUUUUAACAGUC